CGUUCCUAUUCCACAACCGACAUCCAACAUGUCAAACAAUCGCGUUUGUUUAUUGUACAAAUGUUGCCAAAGAAAACUUGAAUAUUUGCCUCGAAAUACUUGUUCCCCCAGAAUACACCAGCUUCUUCAAAAUUGCUAGCUCCGACUGAAGCCAAAUGUUGUUUCUACACAACUUUCAUUACUUGACAACCAAGAUACAAUAUCAUCUUACAGAGGUUACCUGCAGGAUAAUAUCCGUGAAAACUGACACUAUCUUUGCAAAAACUUCCUCGGACACUAUAAUAGCGNGAAGGCUGAUGAUAGAUACCGCAGAGAAUUGGGUGUCAGGUGGAGAGAAGAAGUUAGAAAACUUGUUGGAUCACGAAAGGAUUGGGAGGAAAUUUUGAAACAAGAAUGUCUCAACGAUGGUUCUCUCAUUUACUACAGUAACCACGUUAUCGUUUCUGAUAUGCUGACAACGCAAACAGUUCUUGUUUGAAACCUGUUUGGAUCUCUAACAUAAAGUCGUGAACGACUAA